GCCAAGGAUGCUGCACAGCUUGCGUUGAAAGGAAUGGCUUCUGCUGACCAAGAUGCUAUAUCACAGAGUGAAUAUCAAAGAGGAGUAAGCGCUUGGAACUUCAACCUUGAAGAUUUGAAAGAACAAGCUUCUUUGCUAGAUGAUUAUGACAGCUUAACAGAGAGUAAGGAAGAAGAUGAACCUUUUGGCGAACAGUUGCAUAAUAAGGUGAAUGACAGAGAGCAAGUAUUUAGUCAACUGCUCUCUGAAAACAUGAAUGGAAAAGAAAAAGUUUCAGAUACGGAAGUGGUAGAGCCGAUCUGUGAAGAGAAACCCGCUUCUUCUACAGAACAAACGGCACCAAGUUCAGAGCACGACGUUCCACAGGCCAAGGCUAAGCCAGUGAGACGCCAGACUCAGAGUGGACCACUUUCACCCGCUAUUUUGUCAACCAAUACGGAUUCAGGGAAGGUCCAUGGUUAUGCAAGGCCUGAGAGUGAACGCCAGCCCACAUCAGUCCGGAAGGCACCUAGCUUUAGUGGUCCAUUGAAUCUUCCAAACCGUGCUUCAGCAAACAGUUUUUCAGCUCCUAUUAAAUCUUCUGGAGGAUUCCGUGAUUCUCUCGAUGACAAGUCAAAGGCUAAUGUGGUUCAAAUCAAAGGAAGAUUUUCAGUAACAUCAGAAAACUUAGAUCUUGCAAGGGCAUCCCCGCUGAGAAAAUCUGCUAGUGUUGGGAAUUGGAUACUCGAAUCCAAAAUGCAACAGCCGACGUGUCAGCCCAUCAAGGAGUUAAAUAGUCAUCCUGUGUCUCCCUCAUUCAUCAUGCCUCAGCUUCAAAAUCUGUUCCUGCAAAAUUCAAUACAACAGGAUCUUAUUAUGAAUCUACUGAAUAGCUUACAAGUUACUGAAGUAACAACAGAUGGUUCUCAAAAUGGAAAGUUGCCACCUUUGCCUCGAGGACCUGACAGUAAUGGAACCGUUGUUGAACCAACAGCUUCUGAGAGAGAAAGGUUACUACUUACCAAGAUCUCUGAGCUUCGAGCAAGGAUGAUGGAGGUGACAGAAGAACUUGAAGAAGAAAAAUCAAAACACAAUCAACUACAGCAGAAACUGAAAUUAUUUACCGGACGCGAGCAAUUGUAA